AUGGACUCGGUCAUUGAUCUCUCCCGCGGUUGGCCCAACCCUGCCCUCCUACCCACCACCGCUUUGGCCAAUGCCUCAGCCACCGUGCUGUCCACGCCAUCCAUCUGGACGCCCGCGCUGCUCUACGGUCCCGAUCCGGGCUAUGAGCCCCUGCGCCAGGCUGUGGCCCAGUGGCUGACCUCCUUCUACCACCCGCGCCAUCCCAUCACCUCCAACCGCAUCUGCAUCACCGGCGGCGCCAGCCAGAAUCUCGCCUGUAUCUUCCAGGUCUUCACUGACCCCAGCUACACCCGCAAUGUCUGGAUGGUCGCGCCGACCUACCAGCUGGCCUCACGCAUGGUCGAUGACGCCGGCUUCGCGGGUCGGAUGAGGGUCAUCCCGCAGGAUGCCACGGGGCUCGAUCUGGCCUUCCUCCGUCGUGAGCUGGAAGUCGCUGAGGAGAAGGCCAAUGCGGAACAUCGAUCUGAACCGAAACUCAAACCCCCCAGACCGUGGGGGAAGAUCUACAAACAUGUCAUCUAUGCCAUCCCGACCUUCUCCAAUCCCUCAACCCUGACCAUGUCCCAGUCCGACCGGGAGAGUCUAGUGCAGCUGGCGCGCGACUUCGACGCUCUAAUCGUGACGGAUGACGUCUACGAUUUUCUGCAGUGGUCAGCGGAUCCCAACGCACCCCUGUCCACGCCGCACAAGGCGCCCGAGCCGCGCCUGGUGGACGUGGAUGCCUACCUCGACGGCGGGCCCAAGGAUGAAUGGGGGAAUGUCGUCAGCAACGGGAGCUUCAGCAAGCUGAUCGGACCGGGGAUGCGGACGGGAUGGGCGGAGGGGACGGCGAAGUUUGCCUACGGUCUUUCUCAAACAGGUUCGUCGCGAUCUGGAGGAGCUCCAUCCCAGAUGGCAUCCACGAUCGUCGCGCAGCUGCUCGAGACCGGCGCCUUCCAGACCCAUCUGGCGCAGGUGCUGCUGCCCGCAUAUGCCCGACGCUACCAUCGUCUCAUGUCCGCCGUGCGCGAACACCUUGUCCCUGUGGGCGCCGCACCCCGCGAGUCGUCCAGGGUCGCCGGCGGCUACUUUAUCUGGGUGCGGCUGCCUGCCCCGCUACGUGCAAGGGAUCUCGCGCGCACCGCGCUGGAGAAGCACCAGGUGAACGUGGCGCCGGGCGAGAUCUUCCAGGUCCCCGGGGACUCUGAGCACGGCGCGAAUGACUUUUGCGACCACCUGCGCCUGUGUUUUGCAUGGGUGGAGGAGGAACAGCUCGCGGAGGGAGUGUGUCGGCUCGGACGCGCGAUCCGCGAGGCUCUCGAGUCCUCGGGGAAAUUGUAG